GUCUGCGACCUCUCGUCGUCGGGUGGGCCGUCGGCGGCGGCCGGGGCGGCUGGCGCGCUCGCAGCUCUCGCUCCACGAGCACGGCGGCACGACGGCACGCUCGCGCGCGCAUCGCAGCAACGCGCCCUCGCGCCUGCCACCCUCGCGCCCUUUGUCUACCGCGCAACAGCGUCAGCUGAGCGGCGCGACACCAUGGCAGAAUAUCAUGGUCAAGGAAUGGACGCAGGCGGGAACAAUUUUGACUCUGGUCAGCAGCCACAGGAGCAGGAGUUGGCGACGAAGAUGCUGCAGAUCCAGUCCAAGCGUUUUUACUUGGACGUGAAGCAGAACCGCCGGGGGAGGUUUAUUAAAGUUGCAGAGAUCGGCGCGGACGGGCGGCGCAGUCAGAUCUUCCUGGCGAUGUCGACGGCGGCGGAGUUCCGCGACCACCUGUCCAGCUUCAGCGACUACUACUCGUCGCUGGGCCCGCCCAACCCGGACAACGUGCCCGACGACGGCAAGCUCAAGUCCGAGAUGAUGCUCAAGGACAACCGGCGGUACUACCUGGACCUGAAGGAGAACUCGCGCGGGCGGUUCCUGCGCGUGUCGCAGACGAUCACGCGCGGCGGGCCGCGCAGCCAGGUGGCGCUGCCGGCGCAGGGCAUGAUCGAGUUCCGGGACGCGCUCACCGACCUGCUCGACGACUUCGGCGUCGACGACGGCGGUUUCAAAGGCGAGCUGCCAGAGGGGCGGCACCUGCGCGUGGACAAUAAGAACUUCUACUUCGACAUCGGACAGAACAACCGAGGCAUCUACAUGAAAGUCAGCGAGGUGGUACCAUCGUUACAAGUGAAAAGCAACUUCCGCACGGCGAUCACAGUGCCGGAGAAGUGUUGGACGCGGUUCCGCGACAUCCUCGCCGACUACUGCGACAAGAUGUGUCGCGCGCAGCAUCCGCAGGACCCGCACCAGGGCGGCGCGGGGCCUGCGGGGCCGGCGGGGCCGGCGGGGCUGGCGGGGGGCGCGGGGGGCGCGGCGGCGGGCGGCGGCCGCGCCGGGGCCGCGCAGCCCGCGCCAGACAUAGAGGCGGGCCGCGGCGCGAGCCGCAUUUGAUGGCCGGGCGCGCGCGCCGCGAACUGAGCGCCGCGCGGCCGGCGCCCCCGCUGACCGCCGCGGCCGCCGCCGCCGCCGCCGCCGCCAGACGCCUCCCGCUCGCACGUCAUCCACAUCUCACCCCGAGUUCGGUUCCCUUGUGUUUCCACCCGGAACGCUGACACCCCGUGUAUAUAGUAUUUUAUAUACGUAUCCUAGUAUGUUAUAUAUAUUUAGGCGCUACGAGUUUUCGAUCGGGACAUUCCUGAGGUCUCCGACCUUCAAAAUUGACGCGUUCGUAGUGCGAGCUACUCUCAUCUUGACACGUUAGUUGUAAGGUAAUGUGAUAAACACGUUUGAGCUUUAUUAUUUUCGGUUUCGUUGUAUGUAAUGUACCGGCGGAGCGCGGCGCCCCGCCACUCGGUGGCCGGACACGAGACAUCGCUAUUGGAAAAAUAUUUAAUUUUUUAUAUAUAUAUAUAUAUAUCUUGCAUUGGAACGGGCCCCCUGGUUUGAUCGAUGUGAUACACUCCCGUGUAUUUGUUUGUGUGUGUCUGUGUGUGUGGGUAGGUGAAUGUAUGUGUGUGUAUGUGUGCGUGUAUGUGUGAUAGUGGGGCCCCCGCGCUCCGCUCAGCAUUCAUGUUUGUGGCCUUUUAAUCUAAAUUAUUACUUAUAUAGCCGCCCGCCGAGGCACCUUACUUUUCCGAAACUAACAUUAGACAGCUUUCAUCAUUUUAUUUUUUAUUUACAUUAUUUUUUUAUUUGUGUAAAUAGUUUGGCACAUGACGCGUUAUGAACGAAUUACGUUAACGUUAUUCCAAUUACGAGUCAUAAUUAUUUUUAAGUAAUACGAUAUUAGUCAGGCGAUGUAUGGCGGGAUGACCGAGUGACGCGAGUUCUUUGUGACUUGAACACAUCCCUGGCGGCAUCAUCAUAAAUAAAAUUAUGAAACAAAAUAAAAAAAAGUUAAAUGUAAAAUGCCACUUAUCUAGUUUGUAGGUGUAUGUGUUUUUUUUUAAUAUGGAUUAUUUAAUAAUAGUGUAUUGUCUGUUUACACUGAGAUGCAUACGGCAGGCACGGAAGUGCGCGCCCAUACCGCGCUGCGGUGAAUCCACUCGGAGACGGAUCCGAAUUUAAAACUAUUAAAAAUUAAAUAUAUAUUCCAUAUUGGAUAGUGGAGGGCCGGCGGGGCCAGGGCCGUCUCCGGGGCACAGCGGACUCGACGGGGGCAGGGGCAGGGGCAGGGGCAGGGCGGGGCCGCAGCGCGGGUGUGUCCGCACCGGCACCGGGUGUUUACUGGGGCGGCCGCACUCGGCCGGCCUUAUGUAGGAGCGCUGCUGUGAUAUAUCGUACGUACGGGCCGGCGAUCUAGUAUCGCGGCGUGGACGAGGCCGCUACUCCUCCAAUAUUCUACUAUUCAUUUACCUUGAAAAUCUCAUUUAUUUCCACUUAAUGUUCUAAUCUUAAUCUACGUCCGUUCCUAACAUAUUAAAUACUACUAUAACUCUUACUAGUGUAACGUUAUAUUUUUGUUAAGACAAAUUGCUGCUAAAUAUUUAAUAUUUCCCAUUUAAUAAAUAUUUAAAAGUGAACACAAAAAAUAUAUACACUAAAAGAUAAAACGAAAAAAAAAAUUCUAAAUUUCAAAUUAUUAUUAAAUUAAUAUAGGUUUGGUUAUAAAAAAAAUAUACGUUGUCUCUGGCAUUCGUUGAAUAUAAAAUUGUUUUUCGUUUAUCCGCCUAGUUGGUAGAGACAGCGUUCACGCGCGGCCACGUUCACGUGGGUAGGUUAAGUUUGGUUAUGUAAGCACCCUGGUCUGAUUGAUCCAUGUUCAGUUGAUAUUGGACUCUUUGUUUUCAUUGCUACUAUAAUUACUAUCGAUUUCUACUACUUAUUAUUAAUUUCUACUAUAUCAACAUGAAUUGUCACCUGGCAACACCAAAUUCGGCUUUAAUUAUUUCUACUAUUUUACGAUAUCAAAAAUGAAUUCUAAAACACCAACUAGUUAAGUGAAUGUAAUGAAAUGAAGCGGGCCCUAAUGUAUCUACUUAGAUUUUAUAAUUACAGUAAUGACAACAAUUGAAAAUAUAAUAUUAAUAUACAAAAAACGUGUCCAAGGAACUGUCUAUAAAUUGGAAUAUGUAUACUCGCUGUAUACAAUACGUAUAUUGAAAUAUUAAUGAUGAAUUGGAACGUAUGGACAUAUAUAUACAUAUAUAUACAGCGCCACCCCAGGGUCCAAUAACAACUGGACACGUGACGUAAGCGUGAAUGUGUGCGUGCAUGUGUGUGUAUAUAUGUAUGUAAGUACGUGUGUGUGCGCGGGACGCAGUAGCUUAAGUAAGCAUUACAACAGGCGUCGGGCGUGCCUUCCACUUACUUUACUGAUAUAUUUAUGCAUUUCUUAUUUGUUUUCCCCCCUUUUAUAACUAUCAGUGCGUCACUGUUUUCACCCUUUAUUGGUAGCUUCGAUGCGACACCGUCGCGAAUCAGCCGCUUAGAGACGCUUACGACAAACAUAUGCUCCCAAAAAUAAUAUCGAAUGAACUGUAUACAUAUGUAUCUAUAUAUAUAUAUAUUUUUAUUCAACAAUACAUCGUUGUCGUAAACGUUUUUGUUUACUUUUAAUUUUUAUUAUAUAUUUUGUAGUUAUGUAUCACUUUAUAUAUAUAAUAUAUAAUUUCUUGUCAGAAUAAACUUUUGUAUUCCGUCAGUGAAUGCAUAUUA